CUAGUGAAUGAAAUAAGUGAAUAGAAAUGAGUUUAAAUCAAUAUGCAGUUGCUAUUACUGGUUAAUAGGAUUUUAUUCCUUUCUUGGAUACAGGAUGAUAAAGUGACGUUGGCUGCUGCAGAAGGAGUUCACCACCUACGACUUCCCCAGCAUGUCUGCUGAAAAUAAUCAGUUAUCAGGAGCAUCACCUCUUCACCCUCCCACAACUCCCCAAUGUUCCACACAGACCUUACCUUCAGAGAAAGAGGAUACUGACGUAGAACUAGAUGAGGAAAGUCUACAGGAUGAAUCUCCAGUUUCUCCAGAGGGAGAGUCUGGGGAGGACAAAGAGUAUCUGGAGGAGGAAGAGGACCCAGAAGAGGAAGAGAAUCUGGUGAAGGAAGAAUACUUGAAGGAGGAAGAGCAUCUGGGGAAGGAAGAGCAUCUGGAGGAGGAAGAGUAUCUGGGGAAGGAAGGGUAUCUGGAGGAGGAAGAGUAUAUUGAGGAGGAAGAGUAUCUGGGGAAGGAAGGGUAUCUGCAGGAGGAAGAAUAUCUGGAGAAGAAAGAGCAUCUGGAGGAGGAAGAAGAGCAUCUGGAGGAGGAAGGGUAUCUGGGGAAGGAAGGGUAUCUGGAGAAGGAAGAGUAUAUUGAGGAGGAAGAUUAUCUGGGGAAGAAAGGGUAUCUGGAGAAGGAAGAGUAUCUGGGGAAGGAAUGGUAUCUAGAAGAGGAAAAGGCUCUGGAAAAGGAAGAGAUUCUGGAGGAGGAAGAAGCUCUGGAGGAGGAAGAGAAUCUGGAUGGAAAAGAAAAUCUGUAUAAAAAGUAUCUGAAAGAAGAACCCAAGGCAAGUUAUUCGUCACAAACCAUGCUUCUUCGUGAUGCAAGGAGCCCAGACGCUGGCCCCUCUCAAGCAACCAACUUCUUGACUGUCCCGUUGACUUCCAUGACCCCUUCUGCCAUCUCUGAAUCUGCCACAGAGUCUUCUGAGUCGCUUCUGACGUUGUACAGGAGGAGCCAGGCCAGUCAAACGGACUGGCACUACGGCGGAACUGCCGUAAAAUCUUUAAAAUCGAAAUCAGAAACAGAACAAGAAACCACCACGAAGCCUGCUCCAAAAGAGUGUGUUAGCACGAAAGUACAGCAAAAAGAGGAAGAAAAUGUCAUGGAGUUUGCUUCUAAAGAGAACUUUUGGGAUGGUAUAACAGAUGAGUCCAUUGACAAGCUGGAAGCGGAGGACUUAGAUGAACAUUUUUUGAACAGCUCCUAUCAGACAGUAUUUAAAACAAUAAUCAAAGAAAUGGCUGCUCGCGAUGAACUGGAAGAGGAUUUUGACAUUCCCCUAACUAGGCUACUGGAAAGUGAAAACAGAUGGAAACUGUUAAUUAUGUUGAAGAAAAAUUACGAAAAGUUCAAGGAAACAAUCUUAUGGAUUAAGAGGAGACGUGAAGCUCAAAAGGUAACAGAGAUGACCACUUUCACAUUUCGUUUAAUGACCGAACCAAUGACCGAACCAACACCUGAGAAGCAUGAGACAAAAAAAGUCCAAAAGCCUCAACGUGUUGUUCGUCGUAGGAAGAAAUUAGAACGAGAUAAGGAAUGGAUACAGAAGAAGACAGUGGUGCAUCAAGGUGAUGGAAAAUUAAUUCUCUACCCCAACAAGAAUGUCUAUCAAAUUCUCUUUCCUGAUGGGACAGGCCAGAUACAUUAUCCAUCAGGAAACCUGGCUAUGCUCAUCUUAUAUGUGAAAAUGAAAAAGUUCACAUACAUCAUUCUGGAAGACAGUCUAGAAGGGUGGAUCCGGGCCCUUAUCAACAACUCAGGCAAUGCUACCUUCUAUGAUGAAAAUAGUGACAUCUGGUUGAACCUGAGCUCCAACCUGGGCUACUACUUCCCCAAAGACAAACGUCAGAAGGCCUGGAACUGGUGGAAUCUGAACAUCCAUGUCCAUGCACCCCCUCUCCAGCCCAUCUCCUUGAAAAUCAAUGAGUACAUCCAGGUACAAAUAAGGAGCCAGGAUAAAAUCAUCUUCUGCUUCGCCUAUGAACAGAAGCGGAUUUGUUUAAACCUGGGCACCAGGUACAAGUUUGUGAUCCCGGAGGUGCUCAGUGAAAUGAAGAAGAAAACCAUCCUGCAGGCAGAGCCCGGCCCAACAGCCUGCAAGAUCCGGGUCCUUCUGGGGAAAAUGAACAGGCUCCUGAAUUACGUGACCAUCCCUGAUCUGGAAAACUUCACAGAGGCGGUCAGUACAUCACUGAUGGACAACAAGUACCUGAGGAAGACGUUCUCUCAACUCUGGUUUUAG